UUAGUUCACUUUCCUUGAACAAAGAUGGAUGUUUUGCUUUAUAAUUCUGCUGUGUGUCGUUUAUGUGGAGAAGAAAAUGAAAAUGGAACCUUAUUGUAUUCUUGUGAUGCAAAUGGUCAAAAUUUAGGUGAUAUCAUAAAUAAAUAUUUGCCUUUGAAGGUUGUUGAUGAUGGGCAGCUGCCGCGCACGCUGUGCCCCGGGUGUACCAUACAGCUGGAGGCCACCGUAGAGUUCUUUAACCUCAUCAUUAGUGGACAGAAAAUUAUCAGGGAGCUUCAUCAAAGAGAGAAAGAAUACAAGAAAUCACUUUUGCUGAGAUCAGCGGCGGAGCAGAGUGAAAUCAUCACAGAGAAAAUUGUUUAUGAGAUUAACACAAGCGACGGAAUAUUCCAUGUAGAGCAUCCGAUAGCCCUUCAGGUGGCCGGACUGGAAAGGCCUCGGAGGAAGCGAGGCCGGCCUCCCAAGAAGACCAAGUCUCCCGAGGAACUGGCGCAAGAGAUUAAAGAGAAGGAAGAGCAGUUAGCAAGAGAAGCUGCAAUGAAAGAGAACUUCUUGAAUGGGGAAGCCGUGGGCAAGAGACGGAGAAAGACUCCAACUAGGUUCAGGGAAGCUGUGCAGGGCAAAGAGCUCGAGCGCAUAUUCAUCGAAGAAGGCAUGAUAGACCCUGAAGAGAAGGAGCCCUCAGAGGAGAAGCCCGCGCCGCCGCCCGCGCCCGAGGUCAUCGGCCACCUGCGGGAGGCGGGCGGGCUGGUGGCCGUCACCCGGGGCCGGGGGAGGGGGCGGCCUAGAGGCCGCACGCGCCCCACGCUCUCCCAGUGCUCGGUCUGCGGCCUGCAGUUCUCGUGCUCGUGGCGCUACAUGUCGCACCUGGCGUCGCACCAGCGCCGCGCCCCCGAGCCCAGUGCAGAGGUCAGUGCACGAGUAACAAUGCUCCGUGUGCGGCCUGCAGUUCUCGUGCUCGUGGCGCUACAUGUCGCACCUGGCGUCGCACCAGCGCCGCGCCCCCGAGCCCAGUGCAGAGGUCAGUGCACGAGUGUAAUAUACGUCGAUGUGGAUUCUGAACAAUGCUCCGUGUGCGGCCUGCAGUUCUCGUGCUCGUGGCGCUACAUGUCGCACCUGGCGUCGCACCAGCGCCGCGCCCCCGAGCCCAGUGCAGAGCAGACAGAAACCAAGACUGAAGGGAAAGUAGAUGCGCCACAGCCAUUACCAACAUUACCAGAAACUAGUGAUACCACAUCAGAUAACAUAGCAGAAAUAGACUCUACGGCUACAGAUAAUACCGCUCAGAAUGGCUUGGAUGACAGUGAAUCAACAAUAAUUAAAAUGGAAAUAGAACAGACGAGUGAUGCAGUUGUGGAAGUCACUUCUAGUCCUGUUAGUAAACCUGAAGGGCCUAGCACGGAAAUUGAACCGGCGGAAGAGGAGAGUGAUCUAGUAAAAGGCAAGAAGAAGCUGAAGUGUAACGUCUGCGACAAGAUGUUCAGCAACCGACAGAGCAAGUCCAUGCAUAUGAAGGCAGUGCACGCCGGCGAGCGCCCCUACCAGUGCCAGGAGUGCGGCCUCUCGUUCCCGUACCCGCGCUCGCUCAGCGUGCACGCGCUGCGCCACCGCCGCGCCGCCGCCGGGAAAGGGUUCGCUUGCGACUUGUGCGGGAAGGUCCUAAACCACCCGUCAUCUGUGGUGUACCACAAAGAGGCCGAACACGCGGGCCGGCAGUACGUGUGUAUAAACUGCGGGAAAGGAUUCAAGCACCGCCAGCUACUGCAGAGGCAUCAGCUGGUGCACACGCAGAUACGACCGCACACUUGCAAGAUUUGCGCAGCAACGUUCAAGACGAAAGCGAACCUGAUGAACCACCAGCUCCGUCACUCGGGCGUGAAGAAGUACGGGUGUGAACUGUGCAAGCAGAGGUUCGCGCACAAGACCUCGCUCACGCUGCACAUGCGACUGCACUCGGGCGUAAAACCCUACGUCUGCGGCGUCUGCGGCAAAUCCUUCUCCCAGAAAGGCAACCUGAGCGAGCACGAGCGCAUCCACACGGGGAGCAAGCCGUACCAGUGCCGCGAGUGUGCACGCGCCUUUACCACCUCGUCGCAGCAUCGCCUGCACGCGAGGCGACACCAGGCGCAGCGCCAGGGCAGCCACGCGCUGAAGAGGUUCGCGCCGGCGGCGGUGCAGCGCGCGCACAGGCGGCGUGAGGAGGGCGCGCGGCGCUGCGAUGAGAAGGCCCCACAGCAGAUACGGAACCAUAAGCAAGUAUCCUUACUAGUCGACAAGCAGCAGCCGCCGCCGCUCAAGGUGGAGCCGGAACCGGAAGUGGUCGUGAAGCCGGAAGAAGAAUCGAUGGCGCCGGAAGCGGAAGCGGAAGACGGCGUCAUAUACGUGACUUACGACGUGGAUGUGGAGAGGGACGCACCGACUUACCAUAUUUUGGAUACUGAGGAGACGGAGCUAAUGUCCGACGACAAGGUGGUGUCCAACUGUUCUCUCUACUCGGGCGAGUCUUUGCUAUUAGCUGAAGAAGAAGAAGAACCAACUACUUACUACAAUGAGGACGCGCAUAUGGCGGUGACGGACGAGGAGGGCAACCCGCUGCACUUCACGAUGCAGGACGGCACGCGCCUCGCCAUCACCUCCGCCGACGGGAAGUCGUUGCAGGUGAUAACGCAGGACGGCCAAACUAUCCCAGUAGAGAUCAACGGCUACAACGAAGACGAGGAGGAGGAAGAAGACUCCGCGGACACGGUGGUGCACCAGCUCAGUCUGCAGAAGGACUCGGACGCCGCGCACUACUUCACCAUCGUCUAGUCAAUAACAAGUAUUUUGUUACAGUUACCUAU